GACCGAGAGUCUGCACCUCCGCAACAGCCGGCAGCAUGGCGCAUGUCGAGAGGUCUUCGAUGGAGGAGGCCCCUAUGCAGAGUGCUGCUUUUGAGAGGCUUCCCGACGAAAUAAUUGAGCUAAUCCUGCAGCUCGCCACCCCGAAUGUCUUUGCGUCCUUAAUUGUCUUGAAUCGUAGAUGGCGAAUGGUGUCACAGCAAGCACACCUCUACGCCCAUCACCUGUCGCAAUGUCCCUCCUAUUCGGCUGCCCACCAUACCGUCCCAGGCCCCAAUGACGAGAACAAUCUGCCUCAACUACGCCGACUUUUUGCCCGCGAGAUAAAGCGCAAUUUAUUCGAAGCAUAUUUACGGCCACAAGAAACAAUUAUCAAUUUGGUUUCAACUUCUAUAAGUUCAUCCUCGGCACCUGGAGGGGAAGCUUUCCAUUUUAGCCUCUCUCCGGGGGGUCAUUAUGUGCUUGCCUAUAGCUCAUCUCGAAUACAUGUUCUAGACGUAACAGGGCCAGAGGUUACAGUCAAACGUGAACUCAAGAUAUUGCGGAGGCCGGCUUCUACGACGAUUACCGAUGAUGGAAAUUUGCUGGCAGUUCUUUCGACGGAUCUUCAAGUAAACCUAUAUGACUUAACGGGCGAGUAUCCCAAGCAUAUCAGGGCAGUGGCAUUGGAUUACACACCUCGUACGAUCUCUCUAUCGCCUACCGGCUCUGUACUGGCUGCAGCAUAUGAGUCGGGUAUCGAGGUUUCUUCAUUGGAUCCAGACUGCGUAACCACAGAACGGAGAGCAGUCAAGUGCUAUGCUGCGGAUUCCCUCUCUUUCUCCAAAAGUGGAACUCAAUUGCUAGGGACAACGGUUCAAUCACAGAAUCCUAGCACUGUUGUUGUUACGGCACCGUACUAUGACCCUAGCGGUAGCUUGCCAAAAGAGAGCAUUAGCGCUUUAUGGACAACAUCCAUUCUCUUUCCAAAUGGCAGCCGUGAUUGUAGCCAUGCGGUCCUCCUUCCAACCCUGUCAAAUGACGAGGCCAGCUGGACUUUUACAUAUGAUAGAGUCUUCGAGACAUUCCGCGCAGUACGGGUUGACGAAUCAUUACUACGGAAUGGUACAACUUACUUCCCUGGACCUGUGGCCGAUUCGCCUUCUAAACUCUUGCCGAGCACUUUACCAACAGCAAGUAAAGCUGGCGAUCUCGUUGCCGCUGGAUUCCAAGAGUCUAUAUGGCUUUACGGCAUCCCAGAAGAUCUCGAAGCCCUUCCCAACGUCAACAGUGGAACGAAUAGCAGUGUAGAAAGUGAAAUCAGUGUCCCUUUGACCCAUGGCAAACGCCGGAAUAGUGCGUCUUCAUUGCGCUCCGUCCCUAAUAACUCUCAAAACAACAGAAUUCCACAGUGGCAAGUGCUCUGUGAUAAAGCUCGAGAUACGUUCGUUGAGGGCCGUAAAAUCUCCUCGCUGGAUCGUGUUAGUGCAAUGACUUGGGUAAACGACUGGUCUACGUCUUUUCAUAAAGAGAGAUUGGUUGCAGUUGCUCCUGGCGUAGGAUGCCAGUCACCGGAAAUCGAUCGUUCCCAUCUUAUGAGUCCGGUAGAUGGUGGCCGUAUGUCCAUACUAGACUUUGACUACUCUCUAACUAAUGGGAAGAAACGAACUGUCACGAUUGAGGUUGGAGCGAAAGAGCCCGAUACAUUGGAAGAGGAGCACAGAGAUCUUGAUACCGAGGUGGCUUUGGCAAGGAGAAGGACAGUUGCACAGCGACGUCGAAGUCGUAGCAGUGUUGCCAGAUCAGCGACUGCUGUUGGGGGUUCUGUUGCUGGUUCUGCAUUUUCUGCAAUUCCACCCAUGCCACCCACGAGGGACUUGGGUGACCCGUUUGAUACUCCGGCUUUGAGGAGGUUUAGUCUUGCAGUUCUCCCGACCGACACGUUGGAGACGGCGUCUAUCGACGAAGAACAAGAGGCCUUAGACGGACCAUAUUCUCACACCAGUCCUCGAUCGGGGACGACACUCCGCCGAGCUGCAACUGCAGCAGCAGCAAGCCGGCGAUUCCAUCCUCGUGCGGUUGCCCAAGAGCAUAUCGAAUAUCGUCGAGCUGAUGGCCGCGAGGAACAUCCUCAUGAGAGUGAUGCAGACAAUUGGGUGCCUCCACCUCCUCCAUACACAAAGGAUCCCGUCCCGCCGCUGCCUGAACAUAUUCAAAGAUCACUACUUGCAGAGGCUGCGGCAGCAACCUUGCAACGGGCAAACACCCAACGUGCCCCAACCCUUGAUUUCCCUGGUUUGGAUACGCCUGGUCUGCAGCGAUCCCGCACGUUGGGGUCCGUAAGCUCGAGUGGAUCCCGAAGAGAGUUUCCAUUUCCUCGUACGCGGAGCCAUUCCACAAUGAGAACGAUUGCGGUCUCUGUUGGUGACGAGCAACGGCCUGCCACAAGUCCCGCGUCCCCAGUAUCUCCUUUAUUUGACGAUCUCUACAAUGUCUCUCCCCCCGGAUCGCCACAGCCAACCCAUGAUAGAGCGCCAACACCGCCGACACCUCAAGAAGUAGCACCACCAACCCCGCCAACACCACUAACGCCACAAACCCCACCAGUGGAUUCACAUACUGAAUCGGAACCGUCACCCUUAUCUGUAUCAACGCCGCCUCCAACCCAUCAGAUACCCAGAAAACCAGUUGGGGCCGAUGCCAGUAAUAUUGUUGAAGUUCAUUCAGCUCCAGCCGAGGCUGCGAGAGCUACUAUGCAUCAAUCUAUCUGCCCAGCUCCUCAGCCAGUGACUGAUAGUCGUCCUCUGGGGGACGGGGAAACCACGACGGAGGCUCGCGAGGUCCCCCUCUCGGACACGAGUUUGACGUCUGCUCCAUCAGGGCCCACUAGAGAUAGAAUGGAAGAGGGAGCGAUUCCGCAUCCGUCUGAGGGCCAUAACAUCACAGAGCUACCUCAGGAUACAUCUGUUCAACAACAUGGUCACGAGGAGAUGCAAUCACAACCUGUAUCACUGUUGAGACGUAGUGAGACAGCCCCGAGCGCAGGAUCUCCUGCAUCUACCGGAGAGGAACUCAUGCCAGUCUCCAGAACCAACACUGCACCAGUGGCAUCAGAAACACUGGACACAUCUAUCAACACCACUACUCGAUCUCGAAUUAUGAGUCCAAGUGCCGAUCAACUUGCUCGGUUGAACAGCCGCAGCGGUCGCCCAGCCGGAAUCGUUGACCCUCGGCGUCUUUCCGGUACCUUCACUCAACCUCGAGGGACUUCCCGGACCCAGCGUCAUUCCUGGACUUCUUCUCAGCACACUCCUUUAGUUCCAUCCUCCGAACAAGACUUUGGACCUUCACCACCCAGUGCCGCAGUUGGAGCCCGCCGCUCCUUAGCCCGCUCCAACACAACCUAUACGCCUUCCUCACGACCAUAUGCUCCCCCCUCAGCAUCGUUCUCACGACGCAUCAGCAUUAAUGCUCCCAGCCACCACCGCCACACCUCGUCAGGCUCUAGCCUCUGGCCAGUGCAGCGGCUAGACACCAUCCAGAGCGCCAACUCAACUGCUGAGCCUUCACCCUGGCCAUUGCAAAAGCCAAUCCCGGUUGGGGUCUCGAGGCAGUCGAGUAGAGCCGAGAGAAGCGCAGCGAAGAAUAUCAAGGAUGCGAAGAAGAGGGGCUGGAGGGCUAGUAUCAGGAAAGAAAGCAAUGGGAAGAGUAAGGGGAAGAUGGCAGAUGGGACGAGUGAUAGCGGAAUGAAAAGGAUCAUGGGUCGUGAGAGGCGGAAGAAGCAUGGGGCGAAGUGUGCGAUGAUGUGAAUUUUUUUCCUUUGUAUUUUUUUAUUUUAUAAUUGUCAGACUAGCAUUAUAGCGGAGUGGGCGGUAUUUUGAAGAUUGUUUUGGAUGGUGAUUCCUGCCUUUUGGAUCAUCAGGGGGUUUGUUUAGCGGUGAUAUCCGACAUUGAUAGAUAGGAGUACUUCUUGGAGCGAAUUAUCCUCAGUCAUUUGAUAGCAAAAGAAUCUAUUGACAUACACGAAAGACAGCUAGCAACAUCUCUCUUUUUUUUCAUGUCUUAGAUCUUCGUCACCCCUUUCUCUCUUUCUCCGUGCUAUCAAAAUCUGCAAAAAAGGAAUCAACCCGCACGCAUUCUUCUUCUUUUUCA